UGUAAACUAAAACAAUAUCACAGUUCCAUUGCAAGUCAAGUAAACCACUGCUACUUUCAAGAAAACAUGAGUUUUGUAAAAUUGUAUUUGUUUGUGUGUGUCUGCGUCGCUAUAACGCUAGGCAAGCAAGCGGAGAAGAGGAGUGCUUCAGGAUGGGAUGUCGCCGGUUUGUUUCCUGUGGGAAGUUUAAUCCAAGUUGCUCAGACGAAUGGGAUUGGACAUUCUUCCAGUGACUCGAGCUCGGAUGUAGCUGGUGCAAUAGCAGCAGCAAAAGCCGCAGCGGCAGCAGUAAUGGCUGCCCAGCGACAGGUCGCAGCUGCUAAACACGCUGCACUAGAGCAGCAGAGCUAUGCCAGUGCUAAAGAGGCUGAAUCUGCUCACGCGGCUCAUAAAAGUGAAGAGGCUGCGCGUAUUGCCCGCGCGCACGCGCUCGAAGCAGCUCAAUCAGCUGUGCAUUCUCAAGCGCAGCUCGCCUCUGCUAAAGCUCGUGCGGCCACAGCGCAGAAAAUCGCCGCAGCUCAUGAAGCCGCUGCGGCUAGAGCAAUACAACAGGCUGCUAACAAGCAAGCUGCGAGACUGCAGAGUGCUGAUCUGGAAGCCCUGAAGUUAUCGGUGCUGCAAAGUUCUGGAGCAGCUGGAGCGGCGGGUGCUGCUCAACAUGCUGCUUCUGCUGCCGCUGCAGCGCUUCGUCCCUGGAACCCUGCCUGGUCUACAUGGACCCCAACCUCCAGGCCAUGGGCUUGGUCUUAAAACUAUUUCUGAAUCGUUUAUAACUAUGUUUCUUUGUUUUGU